AUGAAUAAUUCAGAUAUUCAAUAAGAAUCAGAAUCUACUUAAACAUUAGAUUAUUUUAAAUAAUUAAAUGAUAACAACUUUUAUAGUAUGACUAAUAUUUAGGUGUUAGACAGGACUAUAUUUUCAUUACUCCUAAAAUAUUCAGAUGUAUUCGUAUAUAAUGAAUAAUAAUAAUAUAAUAAUUAGAAAAAAGGUAUUAAUUAUAUUUUAGAAAAUGGAUUAUUGUUAGGCAAAGGCUCUUAUGGAAAUGUAUACUCAACAAUUAAUCCAAAUAAUAAUUAGAGAGCUGCUUUAAAAGUUUAAGAGAAAUGUGAUUUUGAAUAAGUUAUUUAAUAAGCUUAAGAAUUUAAAAUUUAAAAAAAAAUUGCAAACAAAUUUCCAGAAUGCAUAAUCUAAAUAUAAAAUUAAAUAGUUAUAAGUUAAAAAUAUAAGAAUACUUAUAGAAUGUAUGCUUACUUAGACCAUGGACUUGGAAAUUUAAAAGAAUAUUUAAUUAAAUUAAAGAAAUUUAGUGAUCUGCAAUUUGAUAAUCUUUUUAAUUGUAUUUUAGAUAGUAUUUUAAAAAUUCACUCACUUAAAAUAGCUCAUGGAGAUAUUAAAUUAGAAAAUAUUAUAAAUACCUAAAAAAAUGGUUGGGUAUUAGCUGAUUUUGGAUGUGCAAUUUAAUAUUAAACUCCAUAUGGUAAUUAUCCAAUAGUUGGAACUAGAGUUUACUUAUAAAAACCACAAAGAACAGCUUUUCAAAAUGAUUUAAGAAGAACUAAGAUUAAUCUGUUUAAAAAAGAUAUUUUUGCAUUUUAAUUGGCAAUGCUAUAAAUUCUAUACCCUGAUGAUAAUAUUUUUGAUUUAUAAUAGAUUUUAGAUUAAUAAUAAAAGGUGCAUCCAAAAAUUGAUUGGCUCUAUAAUAAAGAUUAUAUUAAUAUAAAUUAGAAAUUUUUAUCAAAAAAAUUCAUUAGAUGUACACUAAUUUAAGAACCAAUAGAAACUGAUGAUAUGAUAAAAAUGAAAUUGUAAAAUGAUUUUAAUCUAAGUUUCUUCUAUAAAAAUUAUUAAGAUUAGAACAGCUUGCCUUUUAAUCCAGAUAUGAAUUUUUGGAAUUAAUAAUUUUUUAAUUUAGUUUUGUAUGAUUUUUUUAAUGAAGAAGAUAAAUUAAAAAAAAUGAUGAUCAUGGAUAGUUUUAUAGAUAAAUAUUCUAAAAGUGUAUCAGGUGAAGAAAUUUUUGAAGAAAUUUCAAUAGAAGAUUUAUCAAAGUUUGAAUAUGAUUUGUAUUUCGAUGUUUUAGAAAAGAAAGGUUAAAAACUCCUUCAAUUAAUGCUUUGCCAAGGAUAUCAAGCAAUUUAACAAGAAAUUGAUUGCAAUAUAAAAUUACAAGAAGCUGAAUUAUUAUAUACUAUUGGUGAAAUGGAUUAAGCUAAACUUAUCAUAAAUAGUAUUCAAAAUGAACUAGAAUUAGAAAAUGAUGAAUUGUUACUUAAAUUCAUUUGCUUAAAAUCUAGAUUGAACAAUUAAUGGCUUUCAGCAAGAGAUGAAAUUAUUCCUUAUUUUAUAAAUUAUAGAAAUGCUUUUUAAAUGUUAAAUGAAUGGAAAUUUAUUUUUAUGGAUUCAAUAUGGUUAAAUAAAUAAAAGUCGAUUUUAAACGCCAUUUAUAAUAAGCAUCACAAUAUGUUUUAGGAUGACCCGCUUUCCCUUGGAUUAGCUGUUUUUGAUAAAAUUCAUGAAAAACAAUAUCCUACCACAUUUUUUAAUAUUUCACCAAUUAAAAUAUUUCAUAUUGAUGAAAAAAAUAUUAAUGUAAUAGAUUAUAUCAAUAUACAUGGCUCUUUUAUUAAAUUAUUGCAAAAACAAAAUUAUGAUAAAUACUUUAUAUUUUAUCAUUGUUGGAUAUUCAGCGAAAUGAUACCAUUUAAUAAUGAAAUAUUCUAAAUAAUAAUCAAAGAGUUUAUAUAAUUUAUUGAGGAAAAUCUUUAAAAUUAUUAUUUUAAUUGGGUUAUUUUUGAUUUGUAUGGAUAAUUUCUCACUUACAAAGGGGAUCAACUUUUAGCUUAACAUUAUUUAUAAAAAGCUUAUUAUAUUAUACAGAAUGAUUGUCUUUAUAAUUAAUUAAUCGUUUUAAAUCAUAUAUUUUAAUAACAAUUCCACAAUAACGAUUUAGAAUGCAUUUAUUCAUUUACUAAAAUAAUUAAACUUUUAAAUUAGAUGCCUAAUUCUAAAAUUACUUAAUAUCUUUUUGUAACACAAUUAUAUGAAAUUAAUUAGAUGAUUAGCCAAAAUGUUUCAUAUAAUCAAAAUAUGUUUUUUAAAUAAAUAUAUUAAAUAUUAAAGGCUUAAACAAAUCAUUAUAAUGUAUUUUAAUUGCUUUGCUUUAAUAUUGAAAAGAUGUAAGCUAUUUAAAAUGAUGAUUUUUUUCUUCUUAAAUCAGCAAUAUGGGAAUAUCUACCCUAAAUAUAUGAAGCAACAGGGAAUAUAUUUGAAUAGGAAGUUCUUAUUUGUUUCCAAAAAUUAAUUAUUAUUUUGGAAGUAAUGGAUAUUUGCAUACCCGAUGAAACAAGAUAUACAUCAUAAUUUAUCUAAUCCUUAAUAAUUUUUAUAUAAUUAGGUUGUGAUACAGGAAAGUUUCCUUUAUAAAUAUUAGAUUAAGCCCCAUACAUUUAUGCUCGUUCAUGCCAUAGAUCAUGUGAUGAACGAAAAUCAGAAGAAGCGAUAGAACUUUUUUCGUUUUAAGAAUAACAUAAAAUUUGGUUUUAUUGA